AUGCACAGCCCACAGAGGGGAGGGCACACGACAGAGGACGAAGACAGGAGGAAGACAUCGGUGGGGGCGGUGGUGGCGAGUCUGUCGCAGCUGAGCAUCGCCGCCACCCAGCGCUACGCAGAUCUGUACACCGCCAGCACCAUCCGCGCCUUCCCCGAGCACGUCCGCGACCACAUCCUGCGCGCGCUCGACAAGUCUGACCAGAUAGAGAAGCUGGGGGAGUACAAGGCGUGGCACCCGAACGACCAGCUGUGGUGCCACGAGCACUACGCCGCCGACGGCCAGCAGCGCCUGGGCCUGUGGUGGCACCCCAACGGCAACCGGUGGCGGGAGGAGUCCUACGACGAGCAGGGCCGCAAGCACGGCGUGGCCCGGUGGUGGCACCCCAACGGCCAGCUCCGCAUCGAGGUGCGCUACGAGGCGGGACGCGAGGUGGAGGGCACCUACCGAUCGUGGACCCAGUCCGGCAACCUCAUCACGUGA